AUGCCUUCUGCCGCACAAGCGUCCACAUCGGCCUCCCAUUCCGCCUCGAAGCGGGCCAGGUACGAUCCGGAACAGUCGGCUCAGGAGAAGCGUCACGUCAGAAAGGUGUACAGGGACCUCAUCAGCGCCACAGAAGGUCAGUCUGCGUCCCACAUCAGAUCAACGCAACGCCCGAUUGACACUUGCAUACAUGCUCUUCCCCCCGCGCACACAACACAGUAAAGCGCACAAACAUAGCAGAAGCCAGCGCCAAGGAUCUCUCCAGUCUCGUCCUGCAAGGCAACGAAGCGUACGCCAAUGGUCAGUGGUGUCACGCUGCUGGUGCUGCUGCCCGCCAAAUCAUACGCCGACCGUCUCUUCCCUCCCCCCAACGGCAGUGCGAGCACCCACAGAAGGAGUGCUAGACUCUUGCUUUCUUUUGAACGCGUCCGAGAUGGGAGCACAGAUGGCCAAAAACAUCAAGAUGGCUUCGGGCGCAUUCGACACUGAAGAGUACCUCGCACGCGUGAUCAAGUUCAUCGCUGGCAGUGCGCGUGCCAGGCGUGCCGCUUCCGCUGAAAGCGAUGUGCGAAGCGAUGAACAGGAGGAGGAGGAGGAGGAGGAUGUGCAUGCAUGGCAUUGGGAUAGAUUGGGUCAACUGGCUGCCAGAUACUCCAGGAGAGCACCUACGAUCGAUUGUCUGUGAGUGCCGAGGUUAGGCGUGCGGGAUGCCUAUGCCUCCAGGCUAAAUCGAGAGCACGCGCGCGCGCGCGCGCAGACUCGGUCCAUUGGAGACCUCGCAAAAGGAGCGCAAGGGGAUCAAGAGGGCUCGCAUCGACAAGUCUGGCCCUAUGGUCGCUCCACAAGAGGUGAGUGGCAUGAAGCGCAGCUUCGGUCAAGUAUUUGCUUACACGCAGGCUCACGCACACGUACACCCCAGCUCAAGGAGUCUGACAUUCAACAAUCCGAGACCGAGACUACGCGCAUGGUGCGAGAAGUUGCAGACGUUUUGGAGCAGGUAGGCGGUGCGCCCGGAUGUCACCUGUUCAAAUUCGUGCUGGACCCGAAAAGUUUCAGCAACUCGGUCGAGAAUCUGUUUUACGUCAGCUUUCUCAUACGCGACGGCAAGGCGUCGCUGGAGGAUGAUGAAGAGACGGGGGAGCCGAUUUUGAGUGAGUGAGCGGGCGGGCGAGCGGGCGAGCAGUCCGCUUGGUAGCCCGCGCACCGAGCAUCCGCUUCGUAUCCCCCGCCUCGCGCACACAGUCAGCUGACAAUGUUGCUCCAUCCCUGCAGUGGCUGUGAACGAGCCUACAGAGGAAGACUACGCGCAGGGACUGACUCGCAGACAAUUGGUGUUGGAGCUGACCAUGCCAGUGUGGGAGGAAUUGAUCGAAUUGUACGACAUUAAAGAGUCGAUCAUUCCCACGCGAAAAGAAACAACGACAGCGUUGCGACCUGGCGGGUGGUACGCAUAG